AGCCGAGAUACGCAAGGUCAGUCACACAGCUGAAUGUGGUCGAGUUAAAUCCGGAUUUCGUUCAGUAUACUUCAUGUUAACGUGCUCUUGUCUCACUUUAACACCGUUUAUUGUACAUUAAUCAAACGUUACGGUGCUGCUGCUCUUAUCUUCUCAAAGUAGGGAUUACAGAAUCAUGAAUUACGCUCGGUUUCUCACCGCUGUGAGCGCAGCUAGAAAGCCCUCCCCUAUCCGGAUGCUGAGUAAGUUUUUAUUUAUUACGAGUGCGGUGCAUGCAGCUUUCUGCAGAGCACCUGAACUCCAUUACCAUGUCAGUGAAUCCGAGCUGCAGCAGCGGUCGCCUCCGUCCCUGAUCUCUCUGGCCGGAGGAGCGCCCAACCCCAACACCUUCCCCUUCCAGUCAGCAUCCAUCAAGGUGAAGAACGGAGCGACGCUCACCUUCGACGAGACGACGAUGAAGAGAGCCCUGCAGUACUCUUCCUCUAAUGGAGUACCCGAGCUGCUGACGUGGAUGAAGAGCCUGCAGAAGGACCUCCACAACCCGCCGACCCAGAUGGACAUGUGUGUGACCACGGGGAGCCAGGAAGGACUCUGCAAGGUGUUUGAGAUGCUGGUGAACCCCGGAGACAACGUUCUGCUGGAUGCACCCACGUAUUCAGGCACACUGGCAGCACUCCAGCCGCUCGGUUGCAACUUGAUCAACGUUCCCAGCGAUCAGCACGGCAUGAUACCCGCAGCCCUGAAGGAGGUUCUGUCUCGGUGGGACCCCUCAGAGGUCCAAAAGCCCGGCAGCACCGCCCCCAAGGUCCUCUACACCAUCCCCAACGGAGGAAACCCCACCGGGGCGUCCAUGACCACUCAGAGGAAGCAGGAAGUGUACGAGCUGGCCAGGCAGUACGACAUGCUCAUCAUCGAGGACGACCCCUACUACUUCCUGCAGUUUGACAAGCCGUGGGCUCCCACGUUUCUCUCCAUGGACGUCGACGGGAGGAUCAUCAGGACAGACUCCUUCUCCAAGAUCCUGUCUUCAGGGCUGAGGAUCGGUUUCGUAACCGGUCCCAAACCGCUGGUGGACCGGGUGGUGCUGCACAUCCAGGCCUCGACAAUGCACACGAGUACCUUCACGCAGCUCAUGGUGUCUCAGUUGCUGCACAGCUGGGGCCAAGUGGGUUUCCUCCAACACAUAGAUGGGGUGAUUGAGUUUUACAGGAAACAACGCGACGCCAUGAUCAGCUCUGCAGACAAGUGGCUCAAAGAUGUAGCAGAGUGGCACACCCCGUCGGCAGGUAUGUUCCUGUGGAUCAAACUGAAGGGCAUAGGCGAUACCCAACAGCUCAUCAUGCAGAAAGCUUUGGAGAAAGAGGUCAGCACACGUUCUGUUCCCAUUGUGUUUCAGUCUAAACCCUCACGUUAAUCUCUUCUUGUGGCUUGAUACGGAACAAAACCCAAUUAACUCUGCCCACUGAAGGUUAACACACACUGUACUAUUAAUAUGCAGGUACCCAGAAUGCACUUCUGUGUCUCGCAUCAGGCUGGUUGUGUGUCUGAAUAGAGUGUAGGAUGGUGUAUUUAAAGUGGCCAUUGUGCGGACUGAGUAGGUUUA